AUGCCGCGUUUUUAUUGCCCACAGACUAGGAAAUUCCCGGGCGGAGGUGCUCCACAGGUCACCAGCGCGGCUCUUUCGGCCAGCGCGGCUGUGCCGGCCGGGGCCGCUGCUUUGCCCCACGCGGCUGCUUUGUCGGCGCCCCGGAGCAGCGCUUCUCCGUACAAAAUACACUGGUCUGGGGGCCCUUUUGGCUUGCGAUUGGAGCCACGGGAAGUCGCCCUCCCCUUUUUGAACCGGCGAAUAGGCGACUUCCCAUGGCUCCAAUCGCCAGCCAAAAGUGCUCUCGGACUGGUGUAUUUUGUACAGAGAACCACUGCUCUGGGCGCCAACAAAGCAGCCACGCGGGGCAAAGCAGCAGUGCCUGCUGGCACAGCCGCGCUGGCCGAAACAGACGCGCUGGCGACCGUGGAGCUCCUCCGCCUGGGAAUUUCCUAUUGGUGUUCCAGUCGCCUGUUGAAGUGGUGCCGGGGACUGUUUGUUUUCCCAGGCGACAAAUGGGCAACUUCCCGAGGCUCCAAUCACCAGCCAAAAGGGCACCUGGACUGGUGUAUUUUGUAUGGAGAACCGCUGCUCCCGGGUGGCCGACAAAACAGCCAUGCGGCGCAAAUAGUGGCACUGGCCAGCACAGCUGCGCUGGCCGAAACCGCCGCGCUGGCGACCCCUGGAGCUCCUUCGCCUGGGAAUUUCCUAGUCUUUGUGUUUUUUAUCCCUAAUUUCCUGGCCAUAGUGUCUCCCUUUUCCGUUGUGGUGUGCCUCUGUCUCCUGGUGGCCAUCAACCCCAUCUGGUACAGAUGCCACCGCCCAAAGUACACAUCUACUGUUGUUUGCAGCCUUAUCUGGGCCCUGUCUCUUUGCACCAACAUAGUAAAUUCACUUUUCCUAAUUUACUGGAAACAUGUAGAGGCAUGUGUCAUAUUUCUAAAGAUUUUUGAGCUCUUCCAUGGUAUCCUUUUACUUGUGAUGUGUGCCAGUCUGACUCUGCUCAUUAGACUCCUGUAGGCCACCAGGGUCUAUGUGGUCCUGCAGAUCUCAGCCACCGUGUUCCUGCUCUGGGUCCUACUGCUGACCGUGGCAUCCUUCAUAUCAGAUUUCAAAAUGUUGGUCACCACUUCCUAUUUAAUUUCUUUGUUCCUCAUUAUAAACACCAGCGCCAACCCUAUCAUUUAUUUCUUUGUGGGGAACCUCAGAAAGAAAAGGCUGAAGGAACCUCUCAGAGUGAUUCUCCAAUGGGCAUUAGCAGAUAAGCCAGAGCUGGGGAGGAACACAAAGGCAGUUGGCAUUGACUCUAUGGAGCAGCGGGACUCUACUCAGUAUGUGGAGAAUCUUCUUCCCAUGGAGCACCGAGUCAAAGUGGAAACAUGAUUUUCCACAUCUGAGUAGGAGACUUUUACACAUAGUAACCCAGCCUGUUCUGCCUCAUAAGACUGCUGCACGAAAUCAAUGUUUUCUUCUAAUCAAGUACAGGUUUCAUGAACUUUCAGAACAACUCUUGCUGUUUGUGGUUGGAAGAGACAUUAACUUCCUUUCUAGGCAGUAUACCCUGUUUGAAUGAGCUCCAGUUCCAACAAUAAGGGGAAUGCGACCCAGUGAGACUUUCCUGGUAUCUGUGGAAUCCCAAACAGGGUCUAUAGAAAAGGCCAUGCAUUAUUCUCUGUCAUUAUCCUGGAGCAUCCUCCAAGUCCAGCCAUAAAUUUUCCUCUCUUUGUCUAUCUCCUCCUUAAAUAGAGCCUGAACUUACCUGUACUACCUGAUUCUCUACACCAAGAGCCAUCAUCAAAUAAGAAGUAAGAGCCAGCGUUUUGCACCCAGAUUGCCUUUGUCCAAACUUUGGCUUUCCCAUUCAAAGCAUGUCAUUGUGGGCAAAUUACUCUCUGUAAGUCUGUUUCAUCUUAUG